AUGGACAGUGUUGGUAUCAUGGACAGACCAUUCACGCAAGAUCUCCCCAAUUUCGAAUUAGAUUCGCCUGAUUAUGCAGUACGAGCACAUACGCUUCCCGCCAAUACCACUGGUGUGCGCCAGCUGGUGAUAAAAAAACAGAACGGACGUGUGGUAGCCGCGAAGAGCCAAUUGAUAGGUCGUAUGGAAGACGCACUGGUACGUUGGCGGCCACCUGUUUCGUACCAUGCUGGUUCUACAGCCGCCGUCAAGGGUAAACAUCCAUACCAGCUGGAAAUAGAUACGAAAGCGCUCUGCAAAUUACCAGCACAAACCUCAAUAGAUUCCAUCCGUCAUUGCUUCGAGACCUUGAGCAAUGCCGUUUCGAAACCGCGGACCGAGAGGCAUGAAAAAGCCGUUCGUACAGACACAAAUAGCGUGCUCCACUCUGUGGAUCUGGCGGAGUCCAUUUGUUCAUCCAGAUCUUCCUCGGCGAGCGGGAUGGUGCAAGAAAUUCGACGGAGCUUGCAGAGCGCAGAAACCCGGGGAAUGACUCCCCGUGCAGUGAUCUGCGAACCAGAACCCGAAACCUACAUAGUAGAGCGUAUUGGGUACAGUUUUCCGAUCCCAGCGUGUUACCUGCCGCACCAGGACGUGAGACCCGUGGGCGAAUCCACAAGGGACAACGACAAUGACGACGACAUUGAAGCUGAUAAUUACUGGGCACAGUGGUGCCAAUUUUGGGACGAUUUUUGUCGAGACUUUAAGGUAAUGUGCGCCUGUUAG